CAUGUUUAGUUUCUUCGUAAAACUACAUUUCCAACAUAGUCUUGUUGUAGUAGACGCGAAGGAUUGUGGAGCUUGUAGGACAUGUCGGUUUUAAAACUACAACUCCCAGAGUACACCUCCGCCUGGCUCCAUUACGCUGUUCAUGGCUGGUCGAAAGCUGAAGAGACAGGUCCCCUUCUGACAAACCGAUAGGGCCGUUGACUUUAACGGUUUUGUGUUGACUGUCUCAGUGGGACGCGAUGGAGGUGGAGAGUGUCAAGGUGGAAGAUGAGAGGCGGUUGACCCUGCUGAGGUUCGAGGCUGCCGUCAAAGUGAUCAAGAGUUUAGCCCCAGAUGGUCCCUUUCAGCCCUCCAAUGACAUGAUGCUCAAGUUCUACAGUUACUAUAAACAAGCCACUGUGGGAACGUGCAAUAUACCCCGACCUGGCUUCUGGGAUGCAGUUGGCAAAGCAAAAUGGGAUGCAUGGAGUUCUCUUGGAGAUAUGCCAAAAGAAGAAGCAAUGACAGCCUAUGUUGAUGAAAUGAAGCUGAUUCUGGAGGGUAUGCCCGUGACAGACGAGGUGGAGGAGCUCUUACGCGUCCUCGGCCCGUUCUAUGAGCUGAUUGAUGAGAAGAAAAAGAUCACACAGAUAUCCGACCUGAGCACAGCCCGUUUGACACAGUUUGCUAGGCAACUGGAAGGGUUUGGUUCAGCGUUGAAUUCAAUGCAAUCAAAGAGCGUCGCGAAGAGCAUCAUCAGAACGAUGGAAAUGAACGGCACUCUGGAGACUCAUCCGGCCAGGCUCAAAUCAAAGGAAGUGAAUGAAAAGUCAGAGGAAGAAACACAAGAUGAGGAGGAAGAGGAGGAAGAAGACGACGACAAAGAGCAAAAAGUAGCGAUACGGGACGUCAAAAAAGACAAGAAAUCAUCAGCUUCACAGCCAAAGAAGAAGGGUUCAGCCAGGAGACACAAAGCGCCCCUGUCCAACGGCAAAGUGGCCAACGGGAUCACCCAUCUGACCAAUGGGAGUCAUUGCAGGGCUUCCCUGAACAGUGACAGCUCCCAGGAGGGUUCAGUCGGCCAGCCUCUGCUCAACGGUCACCACGCAGAUCCCAGUAAAGAUGUGUCUGGUCCCAGCCACCUGGCCAGUGACUCGGACAGUGAAGUCUACUGCGACUCUGUGGACCAAUUUGGCCAGGAAGAGAGCUCGGAGCAUAACCGCUCUUUGGACGACCUGGAUGAAGAUGAGAACCACGCCCUGCCGCCUCUAGAGGAGCCCCAGGCAACACAGGAGCGCCAGGAGGAGGUUCACGGUGCGGUGCAGGGCAUCAGGUGUGGAGGAGAAGACGGAGAGAGCGGUGGAACAAUGUCGCAGAGACCGAAUGCAGACAUGUCGGACAGCUCUUUGGUCAGAAGAGAAAGGGGCACCAGGUCUCCAGGCCACGGUUCCGAAUCUCUGAUGCCCAUGUACGGCGGUGGAGACGGGGACGGGGACCAGUGGGGGAGAGCAGGAACACCCGGAGGCAGCCUGAAUGAGCAGAUAGUCGUGGUGUUGGCUAGACUACAGGAGGACAUGCAGAGUGUUCUGGAGAGGCUUCACACCCUGGAGGCUCUGACUGCGAGUCAGGCAAAAUCAUUGUCUCCGUCUCCAACCUACGGAUCAACCUCGGUGAAAAAGAGGAGUCGGAAACCAUCCUGGUGGCCUUUUGACAUUUCCCCGACCAGUUUGGCCUUUGCCGUCAUAUGGCCAUUUGUGGUACAGUGGCUUAUUCGCCUAUACCUGCAGAGGAGGAGAAGACGAAUCAACUGAACCUGCUCUCCCCCCAAACACCCAUGGACACGGACGAUAAAGAGGAGUCGUCCAAAUGUCUCUGGUUGCUAAUGGCUGUAACUCCCCCCCGCUUAGACCCACAGCCCAGUAAUUUGCUUUUGCACUAUGAAGAAGGCACCUAGAGGAAUGAGUGAGAGCAAGAUAUCUCUCAAGUGUGUUGUACUGUGGAUGUGGAAUCAUAUAGAACCGUGAAUGUAUGGGCUCGCAGUCGGUGAUUAAUAGAAGCUUUUCAAGAUGAUGCCACUGUACUGGAAUUUUUGUUUUUCUCUGUAUUGUAUUGUGUGUUGAGAGGGGGAACUUACAGAUGUGAUGUUGUCAGCCUGUUUAUAAACCAACCACUGCAGCUUGUCAAUUAUGUCCAUAACUAAGGCUGUGUUGCACAUAAAAUGGCCCAAAACUUUGUUGUUUUGAGCAUAACGCUUGAUGUGGUUCUACAUUUUUAACAAUUUGUUGUUUGUUUUGUUUUCAUUAGUUGCCCAGGAAAUGCUGCUAUAAUAACAAAAUGUUGUAAUAACUGUAGUUUUAGAAAGGAGGAUUGAAUGUGAAAGUGUAUUGAUAUGCGAGAUUUCGUUUAAAUUCUGAGAUUAAGUUAAUAUUUAUUGCUUUCAGCGAGUUGCUGACAUUGCUGGGCAGAUCUCAGCUGUAUAAAUGAGGUUUAUGUUUAAAGUAGCCGCUCAAUGUUGUGUGUGGGUUAGACAAAGUUAUCAAAAAUGUUUUCAUCAGCUGUCCUGCUGCAUAUCAGACUGUGCUUUAUGUCAAAGUAGUCUCCACUUCAAAAUAGUUUUUUCCAAAUAGAAGAGGUGCCUCAACAUCAUAAGGUGCAUUCAUAAUGUAGGUGGGGGGUUAUUCUUACAUUCACAUAUUGUAGCAUAAGUGUUCCAGUGCUGGACCAAAUUAACAUUCAUCACACUACCCACAUGGUGAGCCAAGAGGUGGUGAGAAUAUCUAACGGCCUCAGUGCCCACUCAGCUGUCUGAUUAUUAGUACAUAACACUUGUCACUGUCCUUUGUUGUUUACGCUGUCAAGUUUUUCUAUUUUGUCUAAUUUUAAUGUGAUGUUUGUAUGAAUAUGGUGGAAAGAUUUUGUGCGAGCAAUGGUAAUCAUGAAUUGUUUUCAGAGCAGUGAGAUCUAUGUAAAUUGUAUACAAUAGCUGUACAGUUCAGAUUAAAAUGCAGUAUUUUAAUUGCAUUCCCAUGUAUUAUUAAUAUAGAAUACUAUAUCAUUUACAAAGGUUUGCAUCUGCAAUAGCACUAAUCUUUCCAGAGGCACUAUGUUUUAAUAAUAAAAAACAAAAAAAGUAGUUUACCUUUCUACUGAAAUGUGCUACGGCUUUCUGACCCUCUCUGCCUGUGGACAGAGGGGUGUUUGCAUGUAAUAAUCCAAGCCUAAAAUAAAAGUUUUCAUAAAGCA